AAAGAAGAGUAUAACUUGAAAAACGGAACAUUUCUUUUAAAUAAUUUUUACAUUUGCUAAAGAAAAAUUGUGUUUGUUUAAAAAAUGCGAUCAUUAAUUUUCUUUUUGGUCUGUAUUAAUUUUUAUUUGUUUAAAACUGUGGUUGCUAAAAAAAUUUCAGCUGGAAAAAUUGAAGGCAACAAUGCUACAUUCGGAGGGCAUAUUAAUGUGUACGAUGUUGAAGAUUUAAAAGCCCGUUUAGUGAUUCCUGUAAAUAAAAAUGAAUACAUAAAAACUAAUUAUUUAGUUUCAUUUGAAAAUAAAAGUACAUCUGAAAUUAAAAAUAUUGAUGAUGUAUUUUACAUGCAAGCUUUAGAUUCAUUAGUUAUGUUUGUUUCCAAUCUUUUUCCAAACACUACAUAUCGAUUUCGAGUUGAUGAUAAAAGUAAAGGGAUUUUUUUCACGAGUCCAGAAGUAACUACAAAGAAAGCUUUAGGGAAACCUGAAAAACCGGAUGAAAGUAUGUUUUAUGUUACGUAUGUUGGGGAUGAAUUUAUUUUUACAAUGAAAGAUCAUUUACACUGGCAAAUAUCAACACCAGUGUAUCACGUCCGGAUGUAUAAAGUUGAUGGAAAUAAUGAGCGUUAUUUUAAUAGAGGAAACCUUAAUGGAAUAGUUAAUUCCAUUCAUUUUGAUUAUAUCCACAAGAAUUUUACAUAUAGAUUUAAAGUCGAGACUUGCAAUAGAUAUGGAUGUUCUGAUGAAAUGGUCACAAAAGAUUACAUUGCAGGCAGUUUUGAGCAGAGAAUUAAAGUUUUAAAUGUUUCGAAUACAACGUGUACUAUUCAGUGGGAAAAUCUUGAUAAGAAUUCUAAUAAUAGGGAUUAUGUAAUUCAUGUUAUCGACAAAGGGGACCGAAAUAUUAAACAACGUUUUUUAAAUGCGUCCAAUUUUGGAAUACCUUUUACGAUUGAUGGUCUUCAUCCUGGAAAUAUAUAUGCAUUUUCGGUUUCGCUGGGAAAUUCCAAAGAUUCGCCUUACGAAGAAAUCGAAUGCCACACUUCGUACUUCAGAAAAGAACCGGAUAAUGCUAAUAUUACUUCAUUUAAUAUUUCAUUUGAUUAUGGAAUUGCAAAAGUAGAGUUAAAUGAUAAUUCUCUUUUUGAAAACUGUGCCCAAUAUUACAGUGUUUCUAUUUAUAAGAAAGAAAGGUAUUCCUGGUUAAAUCAAGUCGAUAGAAUAACGUGCGAGCAUUACGCAAUCGGACCUUACUAUUUUGAUCCGGGGAAUUAUUAUGUCUCAAUUCGGAGUUGUAAUGAAAUAGGUUGUUCUGGCGAAGUGUGGAGCACAGUUUACGAAAUAGUUAAAUGUAAGGAACCUGAACCUUUAUCUUAUGAAGUAUUAUACUCCACGGACAAGUCGUGCAUAAUUCAGUGGAUAAAGCAACAUCCGAAUAUUUCCAACAUUCGUAACGAAACUAUUACGCUUUCAAGCGAUUUUCCAUAUGAUGACUACAAAAUUAAUUUUAUUAUCAUUGGAUCCGAUGAUCAUGUUCUGAAUUUCCAUACUGCUAAAGAUGCAUGCAUCACUCAUCAUUCCAAAAUCGUACCGGCUGCACCGAAAGAAGAUGACUUUGACAUUACUAUAAAUGGCAGGAUAGCCACUAUCAAGCUUCAUAAGAGUGCUAAUAAAAACUGUGACAUAUGGUACAAAUUUCAUUUAUGGGUACCAGUAAUUUUAUUCAGAUUAAGAGUUCCAGAUUCUUUGAUUUGUACGAAAGAAUAUGUAGAUUAUGAAAACUUGUUUAUUCCCGGUAACUACAAUUUUGAGAUUGUGGCCUGUAAUAAACAAGGUUGUUCUACAGCAAUAAGAAGCAAACUGUACACAACAUAUAAACAAUCAGACCAAAUUAUUGGACCAGAAGGUCCACUACAAGUACAAAACAUCACUGAUACAACAUGCAGAAUUCAUUGGACAAAACCUAGAAGUAGUGCCGAAUAUAACAAAUACUAUAUUAAAUAUCAUAUAGAUGGUGAUUUAAAUUCAGAAAUUUUUGACAGAUUUGUUGUAUCUAAAACAUAUAUGACGAUUGAUAAUCUGCAACCAAGCACUAAAUACAACAUUAUACUUGGUGUUAUGGACAACGAUGAGUUAUCCUCAAAAACAAUUAAUGCGGAAUUCUACACUGAAUAUUCGAAAGAAAAAAAUGCUACACAAAAAGGAAAUAUUAAUGUGUACGAUAUUGGAGAAUCAACAGUUCGCCUCGUAAUUCCUUUAAAGAAGGAUGAAUACAUACAAACUAAUCUAUUACUUUUAGUAAAAGAGAAAAACCUUUCUACAUUCACUUCAACUGAUGAUGUUUAUUAUAUUAAUUUGUCAGACUCUUUAGUUGCAUACGUUAGUGGUCUUAAACCAAGUACUACAUAUAGAUUCCGAAUUGUUGAUAAAGUCAUGGGUGUUUAUUUCGAGAGCAAUGAUGUCAGAACAUUUGACAAACCUGCUUCACUUGCGGGCCAAAUUAUCGUUUAUCAGGUCCAGAAGGAAAAGGUCUGGUUAAUGGUACCUGCAAAAGAUGAUGAAUAUGUACAGACUAAUUUUUUAGUUACUGUAUUUGAUACAAAUCAUUUUGUAUUUAUAUACACUAAUGAUGUCAUUUACAUGCAAGCCGAAAAUACUUUAGUUAUGUUUGUUUCUGGACUUUCUCCAAAUACUACAUAUAUAUUCCGAGUUACUGAUAAAAGUAAAGGUGCUUUUUAUCAGAGCAGAAAAGUUACUACCGAGAAAGCUUUCAUCAUACCUGAUCAGCCGAAGGAAAAUUUGUUUUAUAUUUCAUUUGAGAAGAAUGAAGCAAUUUUAACGAUGAAAGAGCAUUAUCAUUGGGAAGAGCUGCUGCCAGUGUACCUAACUCACAUUUAUACAGUGAAUAAAGAAACCGAAGAACUUAUAGAAACAGCAAAUCUAGAUAGUAGAAUUAAAUCGAAUCAUUUCACUAGGCUCAGGUCUGGGAGUAGAUAUAAAUUUAAAAUUGAGGCUUAUGAUGGAUGGAGAUAUUCCGAACCUUUGGUAACUAGAGAAUAUGUUGCUGGUAACUUUGAACGUCCAAUUAAGGUUUUAAAUUCCACAAAUACAACGUGCACAAUCCAGUGGGAAAAGCUUACAAAUACAACCAAAGAUACUGAUUACUUGAUACAUGUUAUCGACAGGGGGAACCGAUAUAUUAAAACACGUUUUAUAAAUGCUUCCUACUCGAGAGCACCUUUUACAAUUGAUGGUCUUCAUCCUGGAAAUCAAUAUGCUUUUUCCGUUUCUGCAGAAAAUGUAAAAGGUUCACCUUAUUUGGAAACAGAAUGCGACACUUCACCUUUAACAGUUGGACCCCAUAACGCUACCAUCGAUUCGUUUAAUAUUUCAUUCGAGGAUGGAGUUGCCCAAGUGGUAUUAACUGACAAUUCUGUUUUCGAAAAUUGUGCACUAAGAUAUGAUGUCUACAUUAGCAAGAAAGCAAAAAAAGAUAUUAGAGUAGUAGCUGGUGAAAUAACAUGUAAAAAUUAUAAAGUCGGUCCUUAUUAUCUAGAACCAGGAACUUAUUACGUUGUAAUCCAGGCCUGUCAUACACUUACAGGAUGUUCCCAAGCUCUAGGGACCAAACAUUACGAAAUAGUUAAGCGUAAAGACCCAGAACCUUUAUUUUACAAAGUAUUAGAUACUACAGACUUAUCGUGCACAAUCCAGUGGACCAAACAACAACCAAAUAUGUCCAAUAUUCGUAAUGAAACUAUUUCGAUCUCUAAAUACAGCCUUGAAGAAAAGUAUAAAAUUAAUUUUAUUGUCAUUGGUACUGAUAAAUAUCCUUUCAAUAUUCAUACUGCCAAGGAUGCGUGCGAUGCUUACCAUACUGGAGUUGUACCUGCCGAACCAAAAGAAAGUGAUUUUGACAUCAUAGUUCACAAAAGAAAGCUCACUUCCUAUAAGCAUCAAAAUAUAGCCACUAUAAAGUUGCACAAUAGUACUAAUAAUAAUUGUGAGGUAUGGUAUUCAAUCCAAAUGUGCAUUCCAGAAAGUAACUGUUUCGGUAGAAAUAAUCUAAGAUGUCAGGAUGAAUAUUUAAAUCUUACACUUUUAGCAACACCUAUGCUUUGCUACUUUGAGAUCUGGACUUGUAAUAAAAUAGGAUGUUCUCCAUCAAUAAAUACCAAAUUGUACAUAAACUAUAUACCAUCAGACUACCUCAUCGGACCGGAUGGUCCAAUUGAAAUUUUAAAUGUUACGGAUACAACAUGCACAAUCCAAUGGGGAAUACCAAGAAGUAGUUCCAGUUUUCAAGACAACGGUUAUAAUCAUAAGGGUACAACUCACUUUAUAUUGUAUUAUAUUCAUUCUUAUAUCGAGGGUGUAUCAUCUUCUGAGGCUUUUAAUACAUACCAUUAUAUUGAAUCCUCUGUUAAACCAAUUUAUAAAAUUCAUGAAUUAUAUCCUAAAAGUAAUUAUAUUAUUGAAGUUGGUGUUUUCUACAAUAAUGAUAGAGCUUUAAAUACUAUACGGACCGUAUGUCAUACUCUUUAAUUAUAAAUUAUUAGUAUGUUUUUUUUAAAUCCAUCGUGAUUUAUAUUAUUAAAAAUAUCUGUUAAGAAUGACGAUGUUUGUUUCGAAUUUCAUUCUUAAAUUAUUUAGAAUAAUCUAUCCUAUUUGCAGAAGAAUUUUAGUUGUAAGGCACAUGUUUUUGGAUAGCUUCGUUAUUAUAAAAUAUUGAUGAAAUAAAUGUAAUUAAAUAUUAAA